AUGUCAUCGGGUCGGGGCCGGGCCUCACGAGUUGUCCUCGAAAUCUGCGCAAACGCGCCGGCUUCCUAUUGUUCCAUCGAUCCGCGAGUCCGGGGAGGGCCUCCUCGUUCCACAUCGUGUUUUUACCGUGCUGACGUCAGCAGUAGCAGCAGUAGCGCCAGUGAUGAUUGCAAUCCUGAAGAUAAUUGCUGGCCAGCAGCUCGUAGAGUGAUUGACCGGUAUGUCUGCUUGCGUCAUUGCUGCUACGUGAAUCCUCAGACUGCACGUGGACGUCGAAUCAACGCCAGCAUUUCAGGCUACAACACCGAUUCACUGCUCGUACCGAACAUGUUCAGAGGCCACUGUUGGCCCGCAGCAAGCCAGAUCUAA